AUGAGAGUUUGCAGGAGGCGUUUGGCACUCCAAGGCCUACCAGAUGUAGGUUACGGAACACGGAGCGCUCCGGGGAAUACGCGGCUCCGUGCGGCGCUCCGGCCGGGAGCCCGCGGCCCCUGCCCUGGCUGCGGCCGGUCCCCUCGGGGCACUGCGGGGGUAGAUGGGAAGUCCUCCCUGCUAGGCCGGGCCGGGUCCUCCACGGCCCCGGGCUGCUCCCGCUCAGCCCGCCCCUUCCUGCGGGAGCGGCGGCGGUUCCGGGGCGGGCCUGGGCCGGGUGGAUCGGGCAUGGCCGGGAAGCGGAGCGCCGAGGUCGGGGAGCGGAGCGGGGAACCUGCGGCCAAGCGCGCCUGUGGCCCGCGGGACGAGGAGUUCAAUGGUGCCCGCUUCAAGGCGCUGCUGCGGGACCCCGCGGCCGCCGCCAAGGGUGAGGGGCUCUGCAGGACGGGAAAGGCGCGCGCUGAGGCGGUCGGUCCGGGCUGAGGCGGCCGGUCCGGGCUGAGGCGGCUGUGCCGGGCUGAGGCGGCUGUGUCGGGCUGAGGCUGC